AUGGCGAAGAUUGUACCUCCUAUGAACUUUGGAUUGGUCGAAGAUGGCUUCUAUCGAUCAGCCCAGCCAUCCGAACUGAAUUUUUCAUUUCUCGAAAAACUAAAUCUCAAGACGAUAAUAUGGGUAGGAGCUGAGGAACCUUCCGAAAUACUGUUGUCUUUCUUAGAUUCUCAAGGUAUAACUCUACACAAUCUCGCUCCUCAAGUAUCGUUGAACCCUCAUUUCCCACCGCCAUAUACGGAUAGUGGGGUCGUACCUAUCUCUGAUCAUUACCACCUCCCUCCCCUUCCACCUCCUCCUGAACCACUAAUCAUCCAAUCCCUCACUCUCCUCCUCCGUCCAUCAACUUUCCCCACAUUGGUAUGCUGUAACAUGGGAAGACAUCGUACAGGAACGGUAGUGGGCUGUUAUAGGAAAUUACAGAGAUGGGCUUUGAGUAGUAUAUUAGAGGAAUAUAGGAGGUACGCCGGGAUGAAAGUCAGGAUAUUGAAUGAACAGUUUAUCGAACUGUUUGAUACGGAUUUGGUGUCUAUAACGGCCGAACAAGCUGUAGCGUGA